AUGAGGGCCUCUUACAAGACAGUCUUAGCUGUACUUCCACUCUACGCAAUUACGACCAUCGCGGAUCGAUAUGCCAGCAACAUACGACCGGUAAUUGUGGAUUCACCACAAGUGGCGGCCAACUUUCCCGACGUCGAUGGCAUACAAUUGUUGUCGCCGGCUUUCAUAAAUCCGGAGAACGUACCAGCGACAUUUGCGAACGGCACCUCAGGACCCACUCCACAGGGUCACUUAGAGAGCUUCGUGAAAGGUCUCACCCAGCGUAACGGAUGGAUCACCUACAAUAGCGGCCUGAAAUCUGAGGAAGAUCGCGCGAUCCCAUACGUCACAUUGACAAAUGGCAAGAAAAGCAGUAAGAAACUACGUGUCUGGAUCCAAGGAGGCCAACAUGGGAACGAGCCUGCAGGCGACGAGGGCGUGCUUGCAUUGCUUGGAAAGUUCGCACAAGACUCCCAGUGGAGCGCCAAGGUCCUUGAGAAGAUCGAUCUUACGAUCAUCCCGCGUUACAACGUCGAUGGCGUCGAGUACCUACAGCGACAACUGGCCUCCAACUACGAUCCCAACCGCGAUCACGCAGUCCUCGAGCGAGAGCAGACACGAGCCAUCAGAAAGCUACAGUCUGAGUUCGACCCUCACAUCUUCAUCGACGACCACGAGUACACCGGAGGUAACUUGGUAGCGGAAAAGUACAUCCGCGCGCAGGACCUGCUUGUCUCCGCCAACAAGAAUCAGAACGUCAACCCCAGCAUCCGAGCUUUGAACCAGGAAUUCGUCGACGACAUCUUCUCGGUUGCCGAGAAUAAGGACCUGCGAAUCUUCCCAUACUUCACCACGAGUGUUGCAAACGGCACGAUAACGAUCGAAGAGCCUGAUGCGCUUGCCGCGGCGAAUCACAAGGGUGCUGGUAACUACCAGGCCCUGACUUUCCUCGUCGAGACGCGUGGAAUUGCUAUCGCCGAUCAGCACUUCCAGCGACGUGUAGCUUCGCAUGUUAUUGUGCUAGAAACCAUCCUCAACAAAGCAGUCGAUGAGUUCGACGAUGUGUACAAGAUCGUUGAAGCUGGGCGAAAGGCGUUCAUCGACAGCAAAGACGAUAUCGUUGUCGCGUAUGAACAGCGCAUCACCAACAAGACAGUUCCCUUCAUCGACGCAUCAACCGGCUCACUCAUCUCCGUACCCGUCCGCUCUCGUAACAGCGACCCCUCCAUCAUCACCCUCUCGCGUCCCCGACCAAAAGCCUACGUCUUCUCACGCGCCUGGGCCGAUGUAGCAGAGCGUCUCCGCAUCCUCGGUGUCACCGUCGACGUUCUGGAGGAAGACUUUGUCGGAACUGUUGAAGCGCUCGUAGUCACGAAGGCUGAGCUUGCUGAGACCAAAUUCGAAGGCAUCGCGGGUACAACAGUCACGACUAAUGCGACGCAGCGUGCUGUUACAAUACCGGCUGGCGGCUUCUACGUUGAUACAAAGCAAAAGAACGCUGGGUAUGCAUUCACGCUGUUGGAACCGGAGGGGGAGGCGAGUCAAGUGUAUUAUAACAAGAUUCCGCUGGAGGUCGGGGAUGAAUAUCCAGUAUUUAGGGUUUUGUAG